CGAAUACACACAUUACACGACCCCCUCCCUUUCUCUCUCGUCUCUCUAUUCUACUCUUCUACAACAAAUAUGGCCGCUAAAUCGGAUGGUGCAGCCGUCUCCUUACAAAACGAAAUUAAGCCUGUGUGCCAACCAGGACCCGAGCACCGUUCGCCACAGCAUCAUCUCGCCGGGAAGCAGUACUCGGUUCUGGACUGCUGCUGGACACUCUGUGCCCUUUUGGUCUUUUUCUCGGAUGGUGCCUCCGACCUGUGGCUGGCGGCUGACUAUUUCCUGAGGCGGAACUACUGGUGCUUCGCCCCGACGCUAGUUUUUGUGGUGGUCCCAUCCCUGGUAGUUCAAGUGCUCAGUUUCCGAUGGUUCGCCUACGAUUUCUCUGACACCAAUGGAAGCGAUACGGCUGCAGCCGCGGUGGUGGCGGCAUCUGGUGCGGAAAGCCAUUUCAGCACCAAGGGCAGCGAUCAGCAGGGCGCUGGCCGCUCCGCUGCGGCUGAGUCACUGCCUGCCACAGGCACUCGAACCAGGGCACAGAGCUGCUGCAGAGCCUGCGUGUGGCUGUUCCAAAGCCUGGUUCAUAUCUUACAGUUGGCUCAGGUUUGGAGGUACGUCCACGCACUGUACUUGGGCGUGCAAAGCCGCUGGCGCGGGGACCAUGAGCGGCGCCACUACUACUGGCGCCUGAUGUUCGAGAGCGCCGACAUCAGUAUGCUGCGGCUGCUGGAGAUCUUCCUCAAGAGCGCCCCCCAGCUGGUACUGCAGCUCUGCAUCAUGGUACAGGCCAACCAGGUCCUGCCCCUGCAGGGCCUCUCUGCCUCUGCGUCCCUGAUCUCUCUGUCCUGGAUGAUGGCCUCCUACCAGAAGGCCCUGCGCGACUCCCGCGACGACAAGCUGCCCAUGAGCUACAAGGCAGCGGUGGUGCAGAUGCUGUGGCACCUCUUCACGGUGGGCGCGCGCACCAUCGCCUUCGCCCUGUUCGCCUCCAUCUUCCAGCUCUACUUCGGCAUCUUCAUCGUGGCACACUGGUGCGCCAUGACCUUCUGGAUCAUCCAGGGCGAGACCGACUUCUGCAUGUCCAAGUGGGAGGAGAUCAUCUACAACAUGAUGGUGGGCAUCAUCUACGUGUUCUGCUGGUUCAGCGUGCGCGAGGGUCCCACACGCUGCCGCCUGGUGCUCUACAGCCUCAUCGUGCUGGCCGAGAAUGUCACGCUGACCGCCGCCUGGUUCCUGUACCGCGGCUCGCGCACCUCGGACUUCUACGCCGUGGUGGUGGUGUGCGUGGUGGCCUGCAGCUACGCGCUGGGCACCUUCUUCAUGUUCGUCUACUACUGCCUGCUGCACCCAGACGGGGCCGUGACAGGAGGCGUGCUCGGCUGCUGCAUGGUGGAGGACGCGUCGGUGGCGCCCAUGGAGCCAAUCGUGGUGGCGUCGCCGGCCUCCGGGCCACCGCCGGACCUGGUGAGCAGCCCGCCCAGGACCCUGCAGAGGACUAAAGGUGGGGAUCAGGGCCAUGGCGGAGGGGAGGGCGGUGGGGGGGACGUCUUUCAGGUGCGGCCGGCACCGGGCGCAACCCGCACCCCGGCCCCGCGCCUCACGCCCAGGACAGAGGGGCCGGUGAUCCGCAUCGACCUGCCCAGAAAACGGUACCCGGCCUGGGACGCCCACUUCAUCGACCGCAGGCUGCGCAAGACCAUCCUGGUGCUGGAGAGUGCCGCGCCGGUCACACCCCGGAUCCAGUACCGCUGCCUGGGCACGCCCAAGGAACUGAUGGAGUACGAGACAACAGUGUGACUAACAGACGGGCUUCUCUAUUGCCCUCCGAGCCUCCUGCCGGCCCUUGCUGUGGCUUGUAGCCGCCGCAUCAAACCAGGGCUUAGGGCCUCCGACCCUGUAGGAGAUAGGAGGAAAAGUAAAAGGGAGUGUUAUAUAGAUCGAGGAUAGCCGCUUGGCUAAUGCUAAAACACACACAGGGUGGUGCUGACACUUACUGACAGUAGCGUCUAAGAGUGUCCUGAUGUCGUGUUCUGUUUUGAUGCACCACUGUAUAGUUGGGUACCUAUGAAUAAUACUGACAUCUAUGGGCAAGGUCAAAGGUCAAAGAUGAUCAGUUGUCAAACCUUGGUAAUCUGCUUCUGUCACCCCAAUUGGAAUUUUCAGUAAAGGGGUGUUAAUAAAUAAGAUCAGAGUUAAAUCUUACAUGAUGGUGUUAAAAAAGCCAUUGUAGAGAAAAAAAUGGAUGUUUAACACUAGUCUUCUGGCAGCUAGUGUCAACAGCCAUAUACCAGAAAUAUGCUCUCUGAUAAGCCUCAGUCUACGACUUCAAGUUAUCAGUCAUAUAAUUUCAUAUGUGGAAGCACAGGACUAUCAAAUAAGGCCUUAUGAAGUCCUUAUAUAGGGCGACUCUUGCGAUGUGUCGAUGGAGAAACAAAGCACACAUGACGAUGAAGGUAGACGCCAAAACAUCAGAGUGGAGUUUGGGCAGUCAGACUUGUGAUAUGAAGUGAUGUCAAGCUAUGUUAGCAGUGUUGCUGAAACAAAAUGUUUGGUAGGACAUUUUAAGAUGAACAAAAUAGAUUGAGUUGUAAACUGACCUGUCCUCUGUAGCAAUGCAGAUAUCAGUGUAUGUUUACAUGUUUACAUACAGUUCUUAUUUUGCUUUUUUUAGGAUAAGCCCCAUGCUUCUCCAUAAAGUAUGCCUUCAAGUUUGAACAGUGUAUGCUAUUUCAUAUAGUCCAAAAGAGCUGCGCAAUAAAAGAAACAAAAAAUCAUUUUGCAAAAGUGAAAUUCUGCGACCAUAGUUUUGAGAAGUAGAUGUUAUUACCUAAGAGUGAUGCUGAAAAACUGUUUCAGGAUUUCUUUUUUUUUUUGGUUUUAUUUCCAGUUUCAUCAUGACUCAUUUGGGUCAUAUGACAUAUUGUAAAAAAUAGUGGCUAUUGUGAAUAAGACUAAUGAUUAGCCAGUAGGUGUGCUCAUCUCAUUGCUUGCUUCAGUCCAUGUGUCAACUUCAUACACACAAGACCUAAUGCUUUUAUUGUACAGGCACAAACAUGUGCCACAUUGGUCUUGCACGAAUUCAAAUACAUGAGGUCAUUUGCUUCACCACAUUAGGAAAUAACAAAUGGUCGCACACCAAAAAUCUUUUCUUGCUUUUUAAUCCAUUUUUAGCAACCGGGGACAAUUAACAAACGUUUCGGCCUGAUGGCCUUCGUCAGUGUGCUUCACCACAUUAGGGAAAUAAAGAAAUGGUAAUUUUUGUUCCUGAGAAUACAAUUUUGUGGAGGGGUACAACUGGAAGGUAGAGAUGAAAGUGACUAUUUCUAAUAGAUGAUGUGAUGCUGUUGUUGCAGUGUUGCUUUCAUGUUCAAACCUACCAUACAAGCAAGAAAAUGCAAUACACCCAUUAUGCCAGGUACAGAACCCGUUUUACAUGCAAACAGACAUUUGUAACGGUGCAGAGAAGCGAUGAUGGUGCUUACUGUUGAGUCCCCUAUGCCACAGUUCAGCCUCAUUUGUACUGUACCAAGAAGUGGAGAUAGUCAACACAUUCCACCUGGUUUGUGUGGGACUUGAUUUCAGAUACACAAACUAAAAUAUGAAGCCUUAACCCAUCAUACCAGACUGUUGCUAUUCACUGCGAAAUAAAGUUGAGAAUUUUAGUGAUGGUGUUCUUGGAAAAAUAAAAGCAAUGUGUUUACUGGCUUUCUAGCCAAACAA